UUUUUUUAUAGGAUGUCUGGGGCUUUGCCAAGGCGGCAGGGCAGAUUUUGAACCGCAGUGGCGCACAGUGACAUAACAGUUUGGUGUUUUCAAGACUGAGGACAGUCGCAAAAACGUUACCACCCAAUGAAAUCUGCCACUGACAAGGAAGCAAAAACACUUGGAGCGAUGCGUGAAAUCUGAUUUGUCCGGACGGUUUGAGCCACAACUCCUGCGAGUUUGAAGGAUGUUUCGGAGAUGGCCUGAACUUUUUUUUUCUUUCUUUCUUUUCUCUAGAGUUAACAGUAACCAUAUAGUUUACGGAGUAGCAGGAGAGCUCGGAGCAUGCAGCGCGUAGAAACCAACUCGGGUUGAUUCCCCAAUCUGGACUCCCUGUUUUUGUCUUUCCUCUCAGGCCCGGGUCGGAGAUGAGUGCUCAGGAUGGGACUGUGCCUCGGUACCGAAGUUACAGAGGAGGAGAAGAAGGCGAGGAUACACAGUGCCAAGAUAGACAGAGACCUGUACGAGUACGCCAAGCGGGAGAUGAAUGUGGUUAAAAUACUCCUACUAGGUGCAGCAGAGAGCGGUAAAAGCACUUUGGUCAAACAGAUGAAGAUCAUCCACAGUAAUGGAUUUACCAAGCAAGAGCUCACCAGCUUCAAGCCUGCAGUGCUGGAUAACCUCCUGACCUCCAUGAAGUUUGUCCUCCACGGCAUGGGUGUCCUCCGGAUCAACCUGGCUAACAACAGGAACAAGGUCCACGCUCAUACUGUCCUGUCAUGUGGACGGUGUUUUGACGAAGAACAGGUGCUGUUUCCUUUUCUUGGCCACGCCCUGUCCUGUCUGUUGGCCGACCAGGGGGUGAGGGUGGCGGCAGCCCGAGGAUACGAGUACGAGCUCAAUGACUCAGCGCUGUAUUUUUUUGAGAACCUGACCCGCAUCACGUCUCCAGAUUACGUGCCCACAGAGACAGACGUUCUGCGAGUACGACUGAGGACGACCGGCGUGAUAGAGACCCAGUUCAAAGUCAACCAUCUUAUUUUCAGGAUGUACGACGUUGGAGGCCAGAGAACUGAGCGGAGGAAGUGGAUUGGUUGUUUCGAGGACGUCAGGGCGGUGCUGUUCGUGGUGUCGCUCAGCGGUUACGACAUGACCCUGGUGGAAGACCCCUCCGUGAAUCGUCUUCAGGAGAGCCUGAAACUCUUCUCCUGCAUCUGCAACAAUGUUUUCUUCCGCAGCACAUCCAUGAUUUUAUUCAUGAACAAGAUAGACCUUUUUCAAGACAAGAUUUUACACUCUGGACGGCAUCUGCGGCUAUACCUGCCACAGUUUAAAGGUGCAGACUGCGAUGUGGAUUCGUCUGCCCGCUUCAUCGCCGCCACCUUCAUCUCGCUCAACACUACUCCCAGCAAACUCAUCUACCACCACUUCACCACUGCGACCGACACCUCCAACAUCCAGGUCGUCUUCCAGGUGGUUAUGGACACGAUAAUCAAAGAGAACCUGGAGGCUGUGUCGCUCCUGUAACCCAGUGCCAGCGCAGGUCCGAGACAUUACUGGACAGCCGGUGCUGUCGCCCUUCAGAUGUCUCCUUUUAUAAAGACGUGAAGACUGUAUUGUCUGAUUCAUAUCUGAAGGUGCAGCCUGGAAGCUCUGACGCUCUUUGCCGCUGUUGCAUUUCAUCCCCUGAUGCUCGAUUUCAUGUAGCUUAGAAAAACUCUUUCAAAUGACGUUGAAGAAGAAGGAACACCUGGCUGAUCCUUUGUUUUGCGGUCGAGCCCUGAAACGUUGAUUUUUGAAACCUUGUGUUGAGAGUAAUGGGCAUUUAUAUUUUUGUACUAUACACAAAAUGUACUAUAAUAUAAAAUCUUGUGUGUGUGUGUGUGUGUGUGUGUGUGUGUGUGUGUGUGUGUGUGUGUGUGUGUGUGAGUGUGUGAGAAUGUGUGAGAGUGAGGGGGUGAGGAUUUACUGUUUGUCCAUUACUUCCUCUGCGCACGGUUCACUCAUGCAUACCAUCGUAUUUUCCGCUCAUCCAUCACUGUGUUUGAGCACAUCCUGUGCGUCACACCCUCCUAAUGAGGCGGUGAUCACUGUAAAAGCACCCCAGUUUGUAUUUACUCGUCCUGAGCAGAAAUCACCAACACUCCCGUUGUUAUCUGUGCCUUCACCUGUUCUUCUGACUCUUUAAGAGUCAGCAAUGAUGCUGGUAUUUCAUAUUAGAACUGGGAAAAGUGUAUGUAAAGAACAUCCCUGAAGCCUCCAUCUUGAGUUUAAUUUCCUUUCUUUUGCCUUUGAUGAUUAUUGUUCCAUUAUCUGACACACUCACACUUAUGAAUCCUGAUUUGUCAACCAGGAUGAUGCUUCCUUUAUGUGACAUGUGUGGAAUUAACUCUUUUGGGGUCUGACUGUUUUGAAGGCUCCGCUGAGCGACUGACUGUUAUCACACCAGCUCCUCUCUGACUCAGUAAUAAACAAGAUGUGGUAAUGACUGAUACGCUUUGAUAUGCAUACUCAAGGUGAAAGAAAAAACACCCCCAAGCGCCUUUAUGAUCUAGUGGUUUUGCUGUUGUGUAAUUUAAAUGCUUCAUACGUGUGUGAAAUUUGUGUAUUUUCCCUUCUCUGGUUUUCCACUUUCAGAAUAAUUUUGUAUUUUAUACUGUAUUUCUACUCUUAUAGACCAUGUGUUUAAUGCUAUUGUAUGGUAUGUACUGUGUAUUGUACUGGAACGGCAAUACAAAAUGAAUGGCUGAAAACCAUAUUUUCAUUUUUUCCAUGCAAAUGGAUUUAGCUGGUGGAUCACUUGUUUUCCCCUUUUUAUCCCCAACUAGUUGAAUAUUGAAGACACAUUUAAGCCACAUAACAGGUUACCAGUGUUUGUUCAUUUUAAUAGAUAAAAUAAAUAAAAGUACUUUCCAGGAAA